ACAACUGUAGGAUUCUCUCGAUUUCAAGACUGUUUGAGAACCUAAAGAGAACAUCGUUGUGAAUUGCAUGUUCGCGUCUACCCACUCGUUUGUUACUGUCUACGAGUGAAAGAAAACUAUCUGGAUUGUCGCAUUCCCGUAGCAUAUUGAUUUCAGACCAUGUCUUGCAAACCCCACCCUCCUCUGAUGAAGAAGCACAGUCAGACAGACCUGGUGAGCCGGCUCAAGACCCGCAAGAUCCUGGGCGUGGGCGGAGAAGAUGACGAUGGAGAGGUGCACAGAUCAAAGAUAAGUCAGAUGCUGGGGAAUGAAAUCAAGUUUGCAUUGCGAGAGCCUUUGGGUCUGAGGGUGUGGAUCCUCCUCUCAGCGGUGCUCUUCACCGUUAUGGCCCUGAUGGCCCUGGUCUUCCCCAACCAACUGUACGAGGUGACGUUUGAGGAGGAGUUGUCCACUACCAACAUCUCCAUCCGCCUCUAUGGGGGCGCACUGCUCAGUCUGUCCCUCAUCUUGUGGAACGGGCUCUACACUGCCGAGAAGGUUAUCAUGCAGUGGACUCUACUGAGCGAGGCCUGCUACUUUGCCAUCCAGUUUCUAGUGACAUCCAUCACCCUGGUGGAGAUAGGCUCCUUGCCCAACGCUGCCAUCCUCCUCCUCCUCAGUCGCCUGCUCUUCCUGGUGGUCACCCUGGCCUACUACUACCACCUGGGCCGCCGAAACAAGAAGAUCUGAACCCCUGCCCACAAGCCGGGGCCAGGGAGGGGCCAGCUGCUCACAGGGAGUGGGGAGGGAGUGGGUCAGAGUUGGAUGUCACUGUUGCAGGGCUUGGUGCAUGUACGUGUCUGUGUAUGCACCCAGCCCUAACCCCCACCGGACCUAGCCGUUAGUCCCCCUUACAUCAAACAACAAGAGGGAGCCUAAGUCUCACAUCCUAGGCUCUACGGAGAUGAGAAAUGGCUUUGUUGUGGAAGUGAACUGAAUUUUUAUUGGACAGAAAUUGGGUCGCUCGCUCGCUUUUGAUGGCAGUUGGAGGGUUAGUGUUGAUAGGAUGUGUAGUAAGGUUGUCCCUGUAGCUCCUAGUCACAUGACUUGAUAUGUACAGAGUAAUUUGAAACACUAUCUCGUGUUAUGUACAGUAAUUUGAGUCGUUUUCUUUCUGAUUCAGUAUUCAGUGUGAUCUGUUUUGUAAAAUUGCAUUUAAAUAGGAUCGACUUGUCAUAUAUGUGGACCAGGAUCAACACUUUUCUUUUGGUUUUGCUCAAUGUUAUGGUGUUGGUGAUGUUUUUUUUCUUGUGCACUAAAGUGAAGCCUGAAUAUCUGUGCUCUCACGCAUGUAUCUCUCUCAGUUCUCCAGUUAAUAGCAGAAUUUGAGGUUACAGACUCGAUAGCCAUGAGAAAGGCUUCAGCUAUGCCUUUUAUGGAAAAUGUGUCGACGAAAAACAUAUUACUGAUAGCGAGCUCACACUCUGAAGCACAGAAGGAAACCUUAGUCAGGGAUUACAAACGUUUGUAUUCUUUAUGGGGUUUUCACCAAAGUUAUGGGUCAUGGUGACAUGUUAUUUUUGUUCAAAUACGCAGAUGUGGUCAUAUGUAAUUUGGGGAAUGUGUGUCUAUUUAACAAUGCCAAUAGAGAAUAUGUUCUGUCCUACUUUCUAAAAGCACACAUGACCUUUUUGUGAGGCAUGUUUUUUGCCUGCAAGGCCCUAACAUCGUAAAUUAUUUAUGCUCUUGAUAUGUAAACUUAUUUUGUGACACGGAGGACGUGAGUUUAGAGCAGAGGACGCCUGUAUAGCUGAGUUGUCGACAGUAAUGUAGCAGGCCGUCAACACAUCUGUAGCCUUGCCUUAAAACAUCUAUAAAGGACAACCAACAAGGAGCAGCACCAUCUUGAUACAUAUUGUAUGUAAAUAAAAGUGUAUUUCAAGCUAUUUGAUGUUCUUUUGAACAGAACAGGGAACGUGACGCAUCCAUCACUGUCAAUGUUUUUCAAAAGUUAAUGUCAGUUUUUAUUGAACAGUUUUGUCCCAAAAAUAUUCCGUUUAAUUGAUUUGACAUUUUGUGUGUCUUGUUAAUCGACAUAUUUGGAAAUGGAAUGCAUGAUGGUUCCUUUUUGCACAAACAUUUAUUGUAGCAUUAUUUAGUAGCUGUUUUCUCACAGAAACAAGUAUGUGUUCUCAUUAUGGUGUAAAAGCAGAGAUAUAGCAAGAAUCUUCUACGGCCGAGCUUGUGGCAUCACUUCAGAAGAGCUCCACAGAGAACACCAGCUCAGUGUGCUCCAUAUUGUUGUAAAUGACCAUGUUCAUGCCUCUGUGAGUAGGGAGUGGUCCCAGGUUCUGCCCGGCUGUGGUUUUGUGGUUCCACGAGUCCAGUACUGGAGGCAGAUGUUGUCCUUCCUCACGGUGUGUGUUCAGUACAGAUAGGAGAUGGGAAGCAUGGGUGAGGUCUCUGAUGCACGCAUAAAGUAGUGAUUAUCCUUUUGCAGUGUUUAAUUAGCCUCAGCUCUCCUGAUUGGCUGCGUCCCGGUCUACUACUCUGCCCUAACAGGGAUUGUAAUUAUGGACCUAACAAAAAAAAACGAACCAAAAAAUCUGCCUCAUGAAACGUUCAAGAUGAUUGAGGAGUUUUAUUUUAAGAUAGGAGGGUUGCAGCUCACUCGUAUGAUGGUCUCGUGGUCUACUGUCUAAGGUUUGACUCAGAAAACUGUAGACUGUAUCUGGCAAAUGCAUGAAAUGGAUAAAUAAAUAAAUACAAAACACUGACUAAACAUAUACAACCUAUAAGUAUUAGACUGCGGACUAAGAAUUGAAAUGUAAUGAUUGCCCUUGAAUAUUCACUGAAAUCAUUGAUAUUAAAGAACUGUCAUUGUUGUAAUUCACAGUGAUGAGAAACCCACCCUAGAUACAUCCUCUUCUAAACCAUAUUCACAAGAGCUCAAUUUCAUCAAGUAUGUAUUUCAAGCUGUUCGAAAAAGUUAGUAUAUUUGUAUAAGAGUUACUAUAUUGUUCUGGACCUUUAGUGUUUAGCUUGAAAUAAAGAAUACAUUGUUGUUUUGGAA